AUGUCGGACGCUGAAGAAGCGCAUAGCACCUCCAACUCGGCCUCGGGCCUGGUCACCACCUUGGUGCCCUCCCUGGUGGUCGCCGGUGCCAUGGUCUUGGUCUUCGUCAUCCUGCGCCGCAGUCAGCGCAGAACAUACAUGCCGCGUACCUACCUCGGUGUUCUGCCCCCCGAGCAGCGGACACCCGCUGCCUCCACGGGCCUACUCACUUGGAUUCGCGAUAUGUACAAGUUGCCCGACGAAUAUGUCUUACAGCACCACUCCAUGGACGCCUACCUCCUGAUCCGUUUCCUCAAAUUGGCCUCGAUGAUCUGCUUUGUCGGUUGUUUGAUCACUUUUCCCGUCUUGUUGCCGGUCAAUGGAACUGGUGGCGCUGGCAAGGUCCAGUUGGAUAUUCUGAGCAUGUCCAAUGUGGCCGAAGACAAGUUCGCCCGUUACUUCGCCCACACCUUCAUUGCGUGGAUCUUUGUCGGUUUCGUUUUCUUCACGAUCACCCGUGAGAGCAUCUUCUACAUUAACCUGCGCCAGGCGUAUGCGCUGUCUCCUGCCUAUGCCAGCCGUCUGUCUUCUCGCACCGUGCUCUUCACCGCAGUCACCGAGAAGUAUCUGAACCGUGAUAAGGUCCGCCAAAUGUUCGGUCCGUCCAAGGUCAAAAACGUCUGGAUUGCGACCGAUACGUCGAAGCUGGAGGACAAAGUCAAGGAGCGGGACGAUGCGGCCAUGAAGCUCGAGGCCGCCGAAACCAAGCUGAUUGUGCUUGCGAACAAGGCCCGCCUGAAGGCUCUUAAGAAACAAGGCAACGUUGAAGAUGGCCCGCUCCACCCGGAGAACGUGGGCGAUGCUCCUGAUGAUGAAUCCGGCUCCGUUGCUGCCCGCUGGGUAUCGCCAAAGGACCGACCCACGCACCGACUCAAGUUUCUCAUUGGAAAGAAGGUCGAUACCAUCAACUGGGCCAGGUCGGAGAUUGAGCGUCUCACCCCGGAGAUCGAGGAGCUGCAGGCCAAGCACCGUGCUGGUGAUGCCAAACUGGUCUCGUCUGUGUUUGUCGAAUUCUAUCAGCAGGCCGACGCACAGUCGGCUUUCCAAUCUGUGGCCCACAACCUUCCGUUGCACAUGGCACCCCGUUACAUCGGUUUGGAGCCCACUCAGGUCAUUUGGUCCAACUUGCGAAUCAAGUGGUGGGAGCGCAUCAUUCGGUACUCCGUGUCCAUUGGAUUUGUUGUUGCUCUUAUUAUCUUCUGGGCCAUCCCUACCGCCGUCGUCGGUGCCAUCUCCAACAUCAACUUCAUCACGGAUAAGGUGCACUUCCUACGGUUCAUCAAUGACGUUCCAGACUUCAUCAAGGGUGUCAUUACCUCUCUUUUGCCUACCGUGUUGAUGUCGAUCCUCAUGGCAUUGCUCCCCAUUAUUCUCAGACUGAUGGCCAGACUGGGCGGUGCUCCCAGCGCUGCCGCAGUCGAGCUGACGACCCAGAACUUCUAUUUUGCCUUCCAGGUGGUCCAGGUGUUCCUGGUCGUGACUCUUGCUUCGUCCGCGUCUAGCGUGGUUACUAAGAUCAUUAACAAUCCCUCGUCCGCUGCCACGUUGCUGGCGAAUAACAUUCCCACUGUGUCAAACUUCUAUAUCUCUUAUAUCAUCUUGCAAGGGCUUUCCUUCAGUUCUGGCGCCCUGCUGCAGAUUACUGGCUUGAUUCUCGGAAAGGUUCUCGGCAGACUUCUGGACAACACCCCUCGCAAGAUGUAUACCCGUUGGUCGUCUCUUGCUGGUCUUGGCUGGGGAACGGUAUACCCGGCCUUCACUCUGUUGGCCGUCAUUGCCAUCACCUACGCCUGUAUCGCCCCGCUGGUAUUGGCCUUUGCAAGCAUCGGUCUCUAUCUGUUCUAUUUCGCCUACCGGUACAACAUGCUGUACGUGUCGAACGCUGAUAUCGACACGCAAGGAAAGGUCUACAUGCGGGCCCUGCAGCAUAUCACCGUGGGCUGCUACUUGCUGAUGGUGUGCCUGAUCGGUCUGUUCGCCAUUGGAACUGCGUCGAACCGAAUUGCUUUGGGCCCCUUGAUCCUGAUGAUCAUCUUCCUGGUCUUCAUCAUCCUCUACCACGUCUCGCUCAACCAGGCGAUCGAGCCUCUGAUCAACUACCUCCCCAAGAACCUGGAGGCCGAGGAAGAGGCCCUCCUCGCCCGCGAGAAGACCGAGCAGAGCCAGUCCUACGGCGAACAGUCCGACAGCGGCAUGGCCAGCACCGCCGCCAAGACAGACGGUGCCCACGACAGCAGCGUGGGCAACAUCGACUCGGCCGAGAAGGGCCUGACCGGCCAGGCGGAGCCCAAGUCCAACUUCCUCAUCAAGUACCUUCGCCCCGACAAGUACAGCAGCUAUGAACAUCUGCGCCGUCUGGUGCCCGCCGCCUCCGAGGCCGUCAGCUACCCUCCCGAGGUCGAGCGCGACGCCUACUUCCAUCCCGCCAUCACCUCCCAGCCCCCUCUUCUCUGGAUCCCCCGCGACGAGAUGGGCAUCAGCCGACAGGAAGUCGCGCAUUCGAUGCGCGUCAUCCCCAUCACGGACGAGGAUGCUUGGCUGGACGAGAAGAACCACAUCCACUGGGAUAUGGACAAGGGCGUCCCGCCGAUCUACGAAGAAAAGGUCCCCUAUUAA